GUUGGUGACGGCAGUAAACAUCACACUUACCAAUACUUCAAUAAAUAAUAUGAACUCCAAAUACGACGAUAAAGUUUCUCCGAGUUAAAUAAACGUUAAAGAUAUUCAGUUCUCUAAAUAUUUUGUCUAAUAUAAAAAAAAAACUACUGCUAGUAAGCGGAAGAUAUACAGACAUAUGUGAGCGGUGGCCGGAACUGGUGACGUCAUCAAGAUAUCAUGAUCAGUGUGAAGCAGGUGCGGGAUGAGUGACUGAGAGCAGGAUGAUAAAACUGAUGACUGCUUCCCGCUACUACUGCUGCUCCUGCUGCCCGCUCCUUUGGCUUCUCUUCUGCUGCUGUCUAGGUACAGGUGCGGACGGUAGGUGGAGAGGUCCUCAGCCGGAGUUCGGAGAGGCAGAGAACACGGUGAAGGUCCAGGAGGGUCAGACUGCCCGGCUGCCUUGUGUUGUGUUACAUCUUAACGACAGGGCGGUAACGUGGCUCAGGAGGCGAGACCUUCACAUCUUAACCACCGGCCACCACACCUACUCAGCUGACGACAGAUUUCAGGUGGUCCACAGCCCCGGCAGCGAUCAGUGGCCGCUGGUGGUGACCUACACCCAGCUGAGAGACUCCGGCAUCUAUGAGUGUCAGAUUAACACUGACCCUAAACUCUCUAGACCUGUCAUGCUUAAUGUGUAUAACUCUUCUCAGCCGAUCAGCGUGAGCAAGAGUAAAGUAUUUGUGGCCAAUAACACCGCUUCCACCAAAGACGGUCACCUGCGAGUAGAGAUCUUGGGGGCUCGGGAGCUGUACAUUGAGGAAGGUUCCUCCCUCACCCUCAAAUGCCUGGUGACGUCUUCCUUCGGCCCUUCUACCCUGGUCUACUGGUACCAUGACACCCGUCUCAUCGAUUAUGCCUCCCCCAGAGGCGGCAUCAAGCUCAAGAUCGACCAUGAGCGGGGGGAGACCAUUGCCCGGCUGGUGGUGGAGACAGUGACGACUGAGGACUCCGGGAUGUACUCAUGCGUCCCCUCUGGCUCACAUCCCGCGUCCGUCCGCGUCCACGUCCAACAAGCAGGCGAGCAGAAGGCGGCCAUUCAACAGGGAGGACUAAAUGACACCAGCUCCUCCACGAGACUCACUCCCCUUCCCCUCAUGUCCUGUUUCUUGCCUCUCCUCCUCCUUAGCCUCCCUCACCUUAUCCUCAGUCUCCCUGUUCUUCCCUCCCUCCUGACAUUCCUAGCCAGUGUGGUGUUGUGUGUAUCCAUCAAGCAAGUCAGUCUCCCGUUCCUUUACAUUCCUUUUAUCUACCUAACCAGUCUCCUCCUGAUCGAGUCAAUCUCCUUUACUCACUCUCUCCACCUUCACGUAUUCCAGUACCUCAAAAAACAUUCAUCUACCAUCUUUCUCGUAUUUUUUCUUCCCUUUAGCUCUGUUCUCUCUUUCUCCAACUUACACAGUGUCCAUAUUUUGUUUAUCUAUCGUACCUCAAUCUGUUCCUUGAGUAUUUUUAUUAUUCCUGUCCUCUUUAACCUCGUCACACACUUGGGAGUCAUACACGUCAUAGCGAAGCAUCUUGACGUCUUUUCCUCUCCCAGCAGUGGCCUUGCUUCUUUUGGUCCCUUUCCAUUCUCAUCCAUUCCCUUUCUUCCUGUCUCUCCUUCUCCCUCUACCCAACACUCUCUCUAUUACGGCAGUGUCUCAUGCUUCACUCACCUCUUCUCCGUUUUCUUUUCAUCCUUCCUGUUCCAUUUUCCUCACCCCUUCCUCACCGCCUUGUCUCUUUUGCUGUGUCUCCAUUACAUCCAUCAAGAAAAUGGGAUACUGAGGACGGCAGGAUCAAGAAAGUCAAAGAUUCAACCAAGUAUAGAAAUUACAAGCAUUUAUUUGUGUAAAGUGAUGUGUGUGUGUGUGUGUGUGUGUGUGUGUGUGUGUGUGUGUGUGUGUGUGUGUGUCAUAUACAAGACCCUUGAGUUUUUAUUUUAUAUCUGAGUGUUGCUUUAAAACAAACGAAUGAGACUUUCUGUAAAAGACGAAAUGGAACUAUUAUUACGAACCUUUGUGUAUUCGUCAGGAAGUAGUGAGUCUAAGAAAAACCUCUGAAGAAUGAAGUCACAUUAAAUGGGGGAUGAAGUCACAUUAAAUGAGGGAUGAAGUCACAUUAAAUGAGGGUGAGGUAACAUUAAAUAGAGCAUAUACUGAGCACGUUAUCAUUCAACGCAUCAUUCAACGCAUGACGGACAGAUUACUGAUUGCCGCUGAGACUGUAAUUAGAGCACAGCGGUGUUGAUGAUGAUGGAGGAGUGACAGGUUUGUGCUAACUCUCAAGGUGUGUGUGUCUGUGUGUGAGUCUUAAUGAUCACUUGGACUCAGCUGUGACUUUAUCUCUCACCACCAGGGAGUAACGACGAGUCAGUCCCAGCUGAAUGUAUCUCACGGAAGCUUAAUGUGGUCGGUUAUGUGGGUGAACAAGGCAAUGUAAACAAUGAAACAAGGAACGGAACACCAGGAAUAAUAUGCGGCAAAUAAACAGGAAAAAUUAAUAAAAUAAAAUUAAAUAAAGUUUAGGAAAAGAUGAAAGCUGGAGAAACAUUUUAUAUAAAUAAUGAAAAACUUAAACACUGAACUUAGUUGGUCUGUAAAAGAAAAUAAUAGUGCAUUAAAGAAUAAAAAAAAUCCUUAUAUUUUCAUUAAGAAAAUAUUUAUUUAUUUUUUAUGGUGCCAUAACUGUAGUUAUUUUUCAGUGAUAAUUACCUCUUUUUUCAAAAACACUUUUCAUGUUAUGUGUCAGUUUCACAGCCUCUGGAACAAAGGCAAGCACGAGAACUACUGAAUGCUCUUCUCACCUUACGUCGCGGCCAAAAAUAUAUGACCCAAGCUGGAGAGAAGGAGAGGCAAACACGAAACUAUAAACACGAAGGAAAAGUGUAUUAGAAGGAAAAAUGUAUUUGAAGGAAAAAUGUAUUUGAAGGAAAAGUGUGUACGACAAAGCUGGUAAACCUCAUAAUCCUGAAAAUAUAUAAGGAAAGUCCGGCACCUCAUUCUCCUCAUCCCUAACCCUCACUUCACGGGGAAAACCUAAUGACCUGUAGACUGUUUUCACCUGUAAUCUUAACCUCUUUCUUGUCUGGUCUCCUUUAGCUACCAAGUGAUGACCAAAGUCUCCCCGACUACUUCAGUUUGUGGUUAUGGUCUCUGGUCUCAACUCGGUUAACAUUGCCCGUGAUGAUCUGUUCAACUCACAUGAUGAUCGUUUUUAACUGCUCUCAUUCAUUGGAACUUACAUAUUACAAUAGAUAUUUCUUAGUGAUGGUUGAGUCAGAAAGUGUGAAAAUUUGGUAUAAGAAAAUAAAAUCCUUCAAGAAAUGUUCGUUGUGCUUGUUCUGAUUGAAUCAACACAGUGUAUAAGAUGGGAAUCAGAUAUACGAAUGCAUACAUACCAGCGUAAUGUGCACAAGAUUUGCGAGAUUAAUGUCACACACACAGCGGACUCUGGUGAUUUACACCACGUAAACGUGAGUUAUUGCUCACCAACGUCAGUAACUCUCCGGUACUUUUGGGCGUCAUGACUCAUAAAGCUAAAGUGUUUUCCUAAAAGCUCACUGGCUCUUCGUGCAUUAUAGCCUGACGGAUGAGUGUGAUGUAAGCAGUAAUGAAGACUGAUGUGAUCUACAUUAUAACUUUCGGCCAUGUAUGUUGUGAUGUAACCACAACACAAUCGUCUCUUUUCCUUCAAGUCAAAGUUGUAUCUGCUAUUUUCAUAUUCUUUCAUUAUAUUUUAUUUCAGACUUAUUUGGGGGACAUAUAUCACAGCACCGCGUUGAAGCUACAGCACAGUGGGGUAUGGAAGAGUGAAAUUUAUCGAAACAUUACGCAUCACAUAUUGUUGUAAGAAUAUGGCACAGUACACAGCAGUUUGAGCACACGAUAGAUUAUGAAUACAUCACACACACUGCUGGCAAAAAUCCCAGAGCAAAUUAUGUAGCGGAACACACAAAAGCAGAUGACAAUAAGUAGCGUAAGUACAUAAUAUAACAAUAUUGUGAAUACAUGACAACAGCAUGUACAGUAGAUGCUCAUGGAUGUAAUAAUUAUCAACUUCCCAGUCCCAUAAUCCACCACACAUGAAACAUCUCUCUUAAGCUCACACCACUAGGGAUAAUUCGGCUUUGUCGUGAGUUCAUAACACCAAAAACACCUUUGGCUUGUCACGAGAUCACAGCAUAUGCUACAAUUAUGCUGCACCAUACGCUCGCUCAUCCACAAGAAGAGACUAGGUUAUUGUGUCGUGAGCUUACAGCUUGGGAGAAGUAUUAUUGUGGAUAGUAUAAAAGCUAAAAUUAUGUCAUACAGGUACUUAAGACAGCCUCGAAGAUACUGAGACAAACGAGUGUAUGACACAUAAUUCAAGUAUACAGCGCGAAUAUAUUUUAGGCAUCAUACACGAAUAAAAGAAGAACACAUAUGCCACGUGCAAUUAUUUAACAAAAAUAUUCAUGACACAUACUGUACAAUCACAUAGCGAGAUAAACUAUGACACAUUACACCAACACAAGGACACACUUUAAGGAGGAGUUUACACUGUUACACCCACUAAACGUCUAACUUAACUUGGUCAGUGUUGUAAAUAGAUGAGGAGACUGGUAACACCUGACAACACAGGCUUAUAUCUAUAUUUGUUAUCGACACACCUUUUGUA